GAAGAGAGAGAGAGAGAGCGAGAGGAAGGAGGAGGAGGAGGAGGAUGGGAGUGAAUCUUACCGCUCUUAAAUGACCCAUAUCUGACAGUAGACCUACAUAUAUUAUCUCGGCUGGUUCUUGCUCUUGAGGAUUUUUUUUUUCUCCACCAAAGAUGUCGGCGUCGGCAAUAUUUAUUCUCGACCUGAAGGGAAAGGUGCUAAUCUGCCGUAACUACAUGGGGAACAUGGACAUGAAUGAGAUUGACCACUUCAUGCCCAUCCUGAUGAAGAGAGAAGAGGAGGCUGAGGUGACGCCUCUGGCCACCCACGGUUCCUCACACUUCCUGUGGAUCAAACACAGCAACCUUUACUUGGUGGCGAUGACGAAGAAGAAUGCAAACGCUUCCCUGGUGUACGCCUUUCUUUAUAAAAUUGUACAGGUGUUUAAGGAGUACUUUAAGGAGCUUGAGGAGGAGAGUAUUCGUGACAACUUUGUGACGGUGUACGAGCUGAUGGACGAAGUGAUGGACUUUGGUUUCCCUCAGACAACUGACAGCAAGAUCCUACAAGAGUACAUCACCCAGCAGGGUCAUAAAUUGGAAAUCGGAGCUCCUCGACCUCCAGCCACCGUCACUAAUGCUGUGUCCUGGCGGUCAGAGGGCAUCAAGUACAGGAAGAACGAAGUGUUCAUGGACGUCAUUGAGUCAGUAAAUCUACUGGUGAACGCCAAUGGCAGCGUCCUGCGGAGUGAAAUAGUGGGCACUGUCAAGCUCAAAGUAGUCCUCUCGGGGAUGCCUGAACUCAGACUGGGCCUCAACGACAAAGUGCUGUUUGAAAUAACAGGCAGAGAGAAGAGUAAGACUGUGGAGCUGGAGGAUGUGAAGUUCCAUCAGUGUGUCCGUCUGUCACGCUUCGAGAACGACCGCACCAUCUCUUUCAUCCCCCCCGACGGCGAGAGCGAGCUCAUGUCCUACCGCCUCAACACCACAGUGAAGCCUCUCAUAUGGAUCGAGAGCAUGAUUGAGAAGUUCUCUCACAGCCGUGUGGAGAUCAAGGUGAAGGCUCGGAGUCAGUUUAAGAGCCGGUCCACUGCCAACAAUGUGUCCAUUCUGGUGCCAGUGCCCAGUGAUGCCGACUCACCCAAGUUCAAGACCAGCACAGGCACCGCCAAGUGGGUGCCCGAGAAGAGCGUGGUGCUGUGGAACAUCAAGUCUUUCCCUGGUGGAAAGGAGUACACGAUGCGGGCGCACUUUGGGCUGCCCAGUGUGGACAGUGAUGAUUUGGAAGCAAAGAGACCAAUCACAGUUGACUUUGAGAUCCCCUAUUUCACGGUGUCUGGGAUUCAGGUACGUUACCUUAAGAUCAUAGAGAAGAGCGGUUACCAGGCAUUACCAUGGGUGCGCUACAUCACACAAAGUGGAGAUUAUCAGCUCCGGACAAAGUAAAGGGCACAGAUGCUGCUAGACGAAUGGAUAUUGUCUCUCUCUGUCUGUCUUCCUCUCUCUCCUCCUCUGUUUCUCUGGCUCCCCGUCUGCAAUGGACAGCAGAGGUCAAGCGCAGGACGACACAUGUAAUUGUUUCCUGCUCUGAACGGAAACCAGACAUCAUCCCUUCCUCUAAGACAUGCUCAACUCAGAUGGGAAAGGCUGUUGCAUCACCUUUGACCUGUGACUUUUUUAAGGGCUCCUCAGGACUCCAGCAAAACGUUUUAAUAUAUUAAUAAUGAACUAAUAACUUUGUGACGCCGCUUGGUUCUGGCAAGUUCUCCUUUCUUCGCUUUUCAUGUGAUAUUCUCCGAGGUUAAUUUAGAGCUAAAUUCUGGAGGGAAAUACAUUUUGAAGCAUGUUUUGCGCAUUUUGAAAUAUUACGAAAUAUACGAUUUGAAGAAUUAUCUUUUUUGGGUGCUUGGCUUCUCCACUGAGAUGUGUAGCUUUUUACUGUAUAACAUGCAAACCAAAAGAUUGUGUCGUGCCAACAUACAGUAACUGUGAUGGGUCAUUGUCAAUUCUUUAUUGCUCAAAGGAAGAGCAGAUGGGGGAUUUUUCUGAAUCAAAAGUGUGCCAUGCACUCUGUCAGGUUUUAUUCUUUUCUGUAGGGAUUGUUUUUGCCACAUCAGCAUUAGCAUCUUUAACUGCAAGGGUUUUUACUCCUCAUAUGUUUUGUCCUUAAUAACCGCUUUAUGAUCCAUACACAGUACAUUUGACUCUGUUGUUAAUCUGCCUCCCUCUCAAAGACAUAUGUUUUGUAGGAACCUUUAUAUUAUAUAUUCAUUGCCUUAAAAAUUGCCUAUGUAUCAUCAGCUUUAGUGCUGUGAACACAAUCCCCAGUGCACUGAAACUAGCACCAGCAUCCAGAUUAAUGAUUAAUAAGACACAAUAUUGUCAGAAGCGUUGGCAGUGUAACAUAAUACCGUCAACGUGCUCUCAUGGGGCCUGUAACCUUGUCCUUGUGCUCGAAAUCAGCUUGCAGCUUCGAGGCAGAGACCGAAGGAAUGGGCCCGGUGCAGAAUUGUUUGUCAUAUUUCUAUCUAUUGUUUGUAAUGUUCUAGUAAGUCCCCUGUGGAUGUUUGAAGGGCAAAACAAGGGGUUGAUGAGAGGGGGGCCGUACAAAGGUAGAAUAACCUGCAGGGAUUCUGAGAGUAUUGACAAUAUCUUAAACUAAUUGUUUUUCCACAACUCUUUUUUUUUUUUUUAUAUAUGUUGACCUCUGAAGGCCCAUACACUUCUUCAAAGCAGUUUGUGUUGUGAUUUACUUUGUCUGUUGUGCAUGCAUUGCACCAUAUCAGUUCAGCUGCUCUGCCACCAGCAAAGAAGAGAGUUCUGUGUCGAUUUAUAGCAUUUCUGCUGUGAAGCACAAAACAAUCGUUGUGCUAUUGUCUUAUCUUAUUAUAUUAUCAUUAUCUUGUGUGGGGACAUUUUUCUGACACCAAUGAGGAUUGUUAAUAAGUGUGUGUUCUCAUGUGUUUUCAUUAAUUGAUCAACUACUAUUUGUCGAUAGGAAGCAAAGGGAUAUAUUUGGAAAUAAACUUUUUUUCUAUGUUG